CUGAAGUUUGUGACGGUCGCAGCCGAGUCCUGGCCGCAGCCCGGGACGCGGCGAGCCAGCGGCCGGCCUCGAAGCAUCUGCAGUUGGAGGGUGAGGCCCGCUGUGCCCGGCCCGAGCGCCCUUUGGCGGCCACAGGCGCCCGUCCUCCGGCGCGGUGCGCCCGCGCCCGAGCGGGGUUCAUGGAGCUGGGGCUGUGCUUCCUUUUCGGGCUCGCUGUGACCUCCGCCGCAGGAUGGGUGCCUCACCCCCAGUCUGGGGAUGCUGGCAGGAGCAGCAUGCCCCGGGCCCCCUCUGCAGCCAGAUCAGAGGCGGACACCAAGGAGACUGUGGCCACCGUGGCAGCCUGGGGUCCAAGCCCCAGAAGCCCUUGGCGGGAGCAGGGACCAAGUCAGUUUGGGAAGCAGGGGCCCGAGGGGGUCCCCGGGCACCACCGAGCCCGGCGCUGUACAUGUUUUACCUACAAGGACAAAGAGUGCGUCUACUACUGCCACCUGGACAUCAUCUGGAUCAACACUCCUGAACGGACUGUGCCCUAUGGACUGUCCAGCUACAGAGGGAGCGGAAGCAGGGGCAGGAGGUCGGCUGGGCAGUUCCCACAGAGUCCACCACCGGUGAAGGGGACACUGCGCUGCGCCUGCGCGGAGAGCGAUGAUGACGCCUGCUUGCAGUUCUGCACCUGGUCCCUGGCUGCCCGCGGGAAUUCAAGGUCGGCGCAAACACCUGACAAAGAAGUGGGAAAGCAGACUGGUGGUGCCCUGGGGGGCAUGCGUCCGAGGAGCAGCUGAUUCUGGACAGAGAUGAAUUAGAACAGCUGGGUGCCAGGCCCUCCAAGUCCUCCAGUUCAUUUUAUAAAUUUUUUUUAACCCGUUUGUGGUUUUUGUAUGAUCCCGAGGGCUUCCAGCAGCCCAACUGGGUUUAUGUGUCAUUCUAUCAAUCAGAAAUUGUUAUUAAUGAGUUGUCUACACAUCUGCAAUGGGAUGGUAAUUUAUGUUCGUAGCAGUGGCCUGGAUGGGGUUUGGGUUCCUACAUGGUCUGAUCAAGGGAGGGUUAAACCCUUCUGGAUAUAUACAAGGCAUCCCAGAUUGGUGGCAGAUUGCUUCAAGUCAUCUGGAGAGGACUCUGUCAGUAUCAACAAUAAAAACGUGGAGGAGCGGCAGAGGCAGGCCCUGGAGAGGAUGAGUUAGGCCCCCACCAGUCCCCACUUUGCCUCUUCUUCCUCACCCCAAACCCAAACCACUCUCAGUGAGGGAGCAAUAUGAUUAAACCAUCCACCCAUCAUGUCAUUUAUUCAAUUCAGCAAGGAUUCAUUGAACACCUGUGAUGUACAGGGUACCAUCCUAAAUGCUGGGGACACCACCGAGAAUACGGCAAAAGUUCAGCCUUCCUGGCACUUAAAUAGUGGGAGAAGCAGAUAGCAAACCAGUACAUAAAACAUAGAUCAGGGCAUGUGAAGGAAAGCAGGAAGCAGGCUGGGGGUAGGAAGUAUUGGGGGUGGUUGCAGGUUAGGUGGUCUCACUGGCCAGGUAACAGUGGCAUAAAGACCUAGAGGAAGUGGGACAGGGUGAGCCAGAGUGAUGAGGAAGGGAAGAGGCUGUCAGACAGGGGAAGGGUAAGUGCAUAGGCCCUGCAGUAGGAACGUGCUGUGCUGGGCGUGUUCUGGGAAGGCAGGGGAGGCCAGCGCUGUUGUCAUUGUCCUGUCUUGAUGUUCAGGAGGUGAGGACAUUGGCACAGAUGUCCCACCCGGGCCUGGAAAGGAGCUGCUUCUAGGCUUUACAACGUUGCUUGUCAAGCUCCUGUAAGAAGCUUUACUUGGAAAGAAAAAGUCUUUCCUUAUAAGCAUGGUCCCGACUUUAUUGCAAGACUGGAGUUAGUCAUCCCUAGAUUGACAUUUUCAGAGUGGAACUUGCUACCGUCCUGAGCUUGGGAUCCUCAAAGAUGGGACCAAGCUGCAAGAGAGACAGCUCCUAAGGCCCCACUGGCAGCGAUGACGGUGUGUACACCUUCGGGCGGAUGGCAGGCUCUGAAAUUGCCAUGAAGCUCUGUCAAGGAGGCUCCGUUCAAAACAAGGAAUGGGCUGAAGAGGGAUGGGGUGGCUCCCUUUCAGGUGGUGGAGAGCUUGGCUUUUGUUAUAGGCUUCUUUCUUCUCUUUUGCAUAUCUCUCCCGCCUUUUCUGAGGUAGGCUGAAGUCAAGGCCAGACAAAGCAAGUAGGCUUUAGACCUCCAUCAAAGUGGACGUCCCCGCCCCGCGGUCUGCCUGCCCCUCGCUGGCCCUUUUGGGAGCUCCCUGGAGAGAAGGGCCUGCAGCAGGAAGGCCUCAGUUAUGGCUCCUCCUUGGUUCACAUUUCCACCUCUUUGAGGACAAGAAAUGAGUUUUGCCUGGGGGAGAAAACCCACUCAAGGGGUCCUCAAACUUAACAAUACAGCCCUUUCCCAAGAAUGCCCCCUCCAAAGACCCCAGCUUCCCUAAUGGGUAAAAUGAUCCCAGCUGUGCCUCAGGGCCUGCAGCCCAAGGCUCGGGUUUCACUCAGGAAAUUGUUUUUGGAGAGGUAUGGCACGUCCCAAAGCCACUUCUCUCUGGGAGUGAGUGGACCCCAAGCUAAGUCUUUGCAAAUGUAAACCCAUGUCCAUCUGGGAACAGAUGCAGGCCCCGUCGGAGCAUGUCGACGUCCGACCAAUCACAGGGCGCAGGCGCAGGGGUGAGCUAGCAGAUCACAUCUCUACAGGAGUUGAUGAGUUUGAAGCUUAUGGGAUUUAGACAGACAUUUUCAGCUUUUCAGCUGUGCUUGGUACGCACUAAAAGAAUACAUCUAAAAAAGGAAAGGAAGAAAGAAAGGAUCCUUGAUGUCUGUGAUACGUAAAGGAGGAAAUGAACACCUGAAGGUUUUGAACCCCAGGCCCCACAGCAGAGGGACUUCGCGCCCUUUGCCAACAGGCGCACUGAUGAACAAUAGACCUGGUUCCCUGGAAGCCACUGUGAAGGCAGCCCCAGCGCAAGGCUAUUAGUGUGAUAUUUGUUUUCAGGAAGAAAUGUGGAUCUUUGGGGAAUGGCUUCAAAAUAAGCCGCAGACACAAGCGCUUUGUAAAUUAUGUAAAUUUCUAUUUAUCUAUAUAAUUGGCAACAACUGGGAAUUGUAACGCCUGACAGUUCGCAAUCUCUUUCAGCUGCGCUCUAGUGGCUAUGCUGAGAUUACUGAGCAGCUGAAGAAGACGGUGUUUUCAACCAUGGGGAUGGGGAGAGGCCGCCCAUCCCCUCCCCCUUCCCCUGCCGAGGUGCUAAUGCAAUGGUGGAUGCUGGGGUGUUAGCCUUGACCAAAUGCUAAAUUCUCCAUGAGUAUUAUAAGGUACGAACGUGACUAUCCAUCAUAAGGAAAUGGAAAGGACUGAUGUGCCAGCGAGAUGGUAUACAGUUUAGAGAAGCGAUUAUUUAUUGUGAAACUGGUCUCUACAUCAACUCCUUUCAGUGGAUGUGUUCGCAGCAGAAUCUCUGUACAUAGAGAUGUUAAAUUCUGAAUCCCAGCUCAUGUUCCUUAGGGCUUGAAUUACACUUUUUUUAAACGCCUAAGCACUGUUUGGCUCUGUGGCAGGAUGGUAUCUCAGAAACGCAUUCAUUGUGCUAACACUCAGAAAAUACUGUCAAAUGCAAAAUAAAAAAAUCUGAAAGUUUGGUCUGA